CAAUCACAGCCAUCAGAGGUUCUCCCCACCUUUUGUGUUCUUUUAAUCGACACUACUAUAUUAUGUAACAGUUAAACUUUUCUCACACUGCGCUCUGCAGCCUGAUUUCUCCACCACACCUGGGGCGGUGCACAGACAUUUAACGGUUCAUUUCCAAAAUACUAUAACCAUGUCGGGCAAAGUUGUGCUGUACUACUUCAACGGGAGAGGGAAAAUGGAGUCAAUCCGUUGGCUUUUGACUGUUGCAGAGGUUGAAUUUGAUGAGGUUUUUCUGACAACUCGUGACCAGUAUUUAAAACUGCUAAGUGAUGGAGCUCUCAUGUUUCAACAGGUUCCCAUGGUGGAAAUUGAUGGCAUGAAGCUCAUUCAGACAAAAGCAAUCUUGAAUUACAUCGCAGAGAAGUACAAUCUUCAUGGGAAAGAUAUCAAAGACCGUGUCAUGAUCAACAUGUACUCAGAGGGACUGAUGGAUCUCAUGGAAAUGAUCAUGAUUUUGCCCUUCACCCCAGAUGUAAAACCAAAGUUGGAGAACAUUCAGACAAAAGCAAAGGAACGUUACCUUCCUGUGUUUGAAAAGGCACUGACUGGGCCCAUUUACCUGGUGGGAGGUAAGCUAAGCUGUGCAGACGUGCAGCUGCUUGAAUGCACCCUGAUGUUGGAGGAGAAAUUCCCUGGAAUCCUCGCUGGGUUUCCCAACGUCAAGUCUUUCCAGGGCAGGAUGACACAGAUUCCCGCCAUCGGCAGAUUCCUGCAGCCAGGCAGCAAGAGGAAGCCACAGCCAGAUGACCACUACGUGAAAACCGUCAUGGAGGUGUUCAACAUCUCAUUACCACUCCCGUGAACCCUGUUCAUUCCUCACACCUGCAGUGUGAAUGAUUCACCAGUGCAUUAUACAAUCACAGCAUGUACGACAUGUGGAUCAGUCAUAUUUGCUGGUUUAUGCUGAGAGCAAUGCUGCAGUAUUCAUCAUAAAUCUUUAUAGCAUAACAGGAAUCUACGUAAUCCAUCCUAAUAGCACAACACUCGAGUGUUUUAAUGUGAAAGUUCUGCUAAAUAAAUUGUUUAUUUUUGAGGAA